CUCUUUGUGGAGCGCGGGGCUUCUUUUUGUUGUUGUUGUUGUUAUUAUUUACAACAAAAUUAACCAAAAAAUCUUCCAGUCGUCGGUGGCAACGACGGACGGGAAACACGGACGGCGCGUCUCAAGUUUUUGGAGAGCGAAUAACCCCGAGGCGCGGCGUCUGCCUUGAUUUGUGUGAGAGGAGGAGCAGCGCAAUCAUCGCACUGGCAGAGAUCAUGCACGGAGAGGCCGUCCCUCCUUGCCAGGCGCUGAAAUGUUUGGACUUGAGACGGCAGGAUUGAAUCAGCAGACUGUUUACGUUGGAGGGAGGGCAGUAAGAGCCGCUUGACACGAGACCCUGUGUGGGCUUUCAUGCUGCCUCCUAAACAUUUUCACCAGCGCCACCUUUCUGUUAGAUUCCGCCUUAGGCAGCGAGGUUGAGAUGGAGUGGUCACUGGAGAGCGUGAGGGAGAUGGUGGCUGGAGGGAUGCAGUCUGUGAGAGAGUGUGAGGUCUGUGCUUUUGCCACAGUGGCCUGUGUGCUGCUGCUCUUCCUCUGGUACUGCUACAGGGUGGGCCGGGAGCACAGCUCUAGCCCCCUGCGAGGAAGGUACCUGACUGGACCCGGCAGGAUCGGAGGAGUGGUCGGGGGCUUCAUUGGCUCGGACUGUCGCAACAGGAAAGGGAAGCCGGGUUCAAUGUUAGAGGAGCAGAAUGGUUUCGCUUUCUGCCAGUCGUCCGAGUGUUUCCGCUGCGCCAGUGCAGGAGAAAGUCUGAACCAGAGGCUCUAUCACAGCCUGCAGGAGUACGCCAAACGCUACACCUGGUCAGGCAUGGGCAGGGUGCACAAAGGAGUACGCGAUCAAGGCCGAUACCUUAACAGCCGACCGACCAUCCAGCGGCCGGAGGUCUUUUUCCUCCCCGACUUACCGUCGGCCCCUUUCUUCUCCAGGGAAGUGCAGAGACAUGAUGUAGAGCUCCUGGAGCAAAGCUUCCCUGCCCUUCUGGCCGAGUUUGAAAGCAUCUACAACCAACCUCCGGCCCGCAGCGGCUCCUCCUUGCCGCCGGGUUGGAAAGUCAACAGCACGCCUCGUGGCCAGUGGUGGACCUACUAUCUGGUCAACCAAGGCACCCCUCUGGUUCUGAAUGUCAGGAGGUGUCCACGGGCCUGGAGGGUCCUGGGCCAGCUGCGCACUUUCAUUACAAACAACGUGUUUGGAAACGCCUGUUUCUCCGUGCUGUCGCCAGGAGCGCUCAUCACCGAACACUACGGUCCGACAAACGUGCGGCUUCGCUGCCACCUGGGUCUCAGAGUUCCCCCCUCCUGUGAGCUCGUGGUUGGUGGAGAACCUCAGUGCUGGUCCGAGGGCAGCUGUCUGCUUUUUGACGACUCCUUCCUCCACAGGGCCUUCCACGAGGGGGUCGCAGAGGACGGACUCAGGGUGGUCUUCAUGGUGGACCUCUGGCACCCCAAUGUGGCCGCCGCUGAGAGACAAGCCUUAGACUACAUUUUCACCCCAGGCCGGUUAGAGGAGAAGGAAGGGAAAUAGGAGCACGUAUGUGAGGAAUCAUUGGGGUUAGACAGCCAACUCUCACAUUCACUGUGUGCUUUAUUUUUGUUAUCGCUCAGAACAUGACAGAAACAUUGUUUGUCAGCCAUAGCAACAGCACACUUUAGUAUUGGUCAUGUGGCAAAAUGCUAAUUAUUACAUUUUGGCUUUCUCAGUCGGAACCCAACCAUUCAAUUUGGCAAAGGCUCUAUGUUGAGGUAUCGAGUGCACAAUUGGGACAACAUUAGGGCCAUUCCACCCGACCGCUGCCAUUUGCUUGCUGUAACUCUCUUAGAAUAAACUUAAAUGUAUGUCCUUUUUUCACCUCAAAAUCCAAUACACAUAUUGAACUGCUUAAAAUACAUAUUGGCAGAGGUGGGUAGUAACGCGCUACAUUUACUCCGUUACAUCUACUUGAGUAACUUUUGGGAUAAAUUGUACUUCUAAGAGUAGUU